AUGGCUUCAGAGCAGCAGUUGCCUGUAGUUAAGGUGAUUCUUGGAUCUCGUCCUUUAACGCUACUCUUAUGUGUCAGAAACUUGUUAUGAGGUUGGUUUUCGUUCUGAUUGGGGGUGGAUGAUGCUGAUGAUUUCUCAUUCAGGGCGCGCGAGUGCUUAUGGUGGGAGCCGGCGGCAUCGGCUGCGAGCUACUCAAGACUUUGGCGCUGUCGGGCUUCGAGGACAUCCACAUCGUAAUAAUAUCUCGUCGCUCUUGCUCCGCGCGUGGCCCUGUAUUUUGCUUUGGGCCCGUGGGUUAGUUGCCCUUUGAUUUAUCUCUCGAUUGGUCUUGGAGAGUGUUCUUGAAAUUCUCUGUUCAUGUCUUAAGUGUGGAUACGGGGUUUUUUCUGAAGGUUUUUAUUUAACUUUAAUGUUAGUUUUACGUCGGCAGAAUAUCUUUUUUCGGUCGUUGACUAUCGGCAGGUAGCGUUUACUUGGUGCGUAUUUUGUUGGACUCCUUUGCUGAUAGCUGUUUCUGUAACCUGUCUACUUUCUAUCAAUAAUACAAGAGCCUAGCUCUGUGGUCAGUUUUACAGGGUACAAGGAACUUAUGGGAUGAUAUGUCGCAAAGAUGCUGUAAGCUCAAGCAAUGAACUCAUUUAGACUCAUGGAGGAAGUACAACUGUACCAGAGGAUUUUUGUGGGAAAGUGGACUUAUUAGAAACACAACGCUGUGGGCUUGAGGUAGUAGAUGAAAAGUUGUCUUUAUCUUUAGUUCAAGUGGAAUAACGGUAAUCUGUCCAAUACAUUGAAGCCAUUUCUAGGACAACUGAAAGUUAAUGGUUUUGAAAUUUGGUUUGUGAUGAUGCAAAGUGCCAGAUCUAUCCUGAUAAUGGAGACAAAAUCAAGUCGAUCAGUACAUUCUUUCAAAGCGUUGCCUAGGGGAGCUUGCUGCAAUUGCUGUCAUCUUCACCUGAAGGCAACUUCACACAACUGCACACUUGUGAGUGCUGUUUGUGAAUUUGUAAAUGCCAUGCCUGAAAAGUAACGUUUGUGUGACUGGACCAAAUGUGCACACGCCUGAAAGUGGCUGUAACCAUUUGUGAAUUCCAUGUUGGCCCAAACAUGCCGUGAUUAGGAGUGGUAGUCAUUGAUUGUGUGACUGUUGCAAGUAAAAUGGAGACUGAAGGUCUUGUUGAUGACCUUCUUUCUCUAAGCUUUACAAUAGAAGGUUCUGUAUUGGGGGAUGUGAUGUGUUAUUUUUCUGAUUGUUGGGGAUGGAUGAAAGAUACUAUCCUCAAAUGACAUUUAGGGCCCUUGGGUGUUAAGUUGAACCACGAAUCUUGUCCAAAUCUUGGUGGAAUGCUCUUGUAAACUUCUUCUAGAUCACCAUGUAAGAAUGCAUUCUUCACGUCAUACUGUCGAAUUUGCCUACUAAAAUGAGCUGCUAGUGAUAGUCAAAGUCUUAUAGUACUCAUUUUUGUCACUCGGGCAAAUGUCUCAUGAAAAUCAAUUCCAUAGGUCUGGGUAUAGCCAUUAAUAACUAAUCUUGUUGUAUCAUUUGAGAGAGUCACUGUCCUUAUAUUUCAUGGUGAAAACCGAUCUGCAGCCUACCAGAUUCUUUUUCUUUGGUUGGUCGAAAAUCUCUCAUUUUUCUCAUAAGUGUCUAUUUUCUAUCUCAUAGCAUCUCUUCAUUAUCCAUUUGUGACAGAAAUAGGGUUAAGAGUCAGAAUAAGGUUCCUAAGAGAUGUUGAAAAUGUCGAAGUGACACAUGGGGAGAUACAAGGGCCAUUUUGUGAAUUCUCUUGUGCCUUUUCUCAUAGCAAUGUGGCAAUCAUAAUCAUUUAUGGAUGGUUGAGCAGAGGAUGUUUCAGCCGAUUGUGCAUAAAAAGGAAAGCCAUAACUUACCAAGGAGAGAUGUCAUAUCUUGAACUUCUAUUCAGUCUGGAAAAUCUGAGUUUGAAUACGCCUGAGAAAAAACGAAAUAGUCUUAAAUGCAUACAGGUAGAGACACCAGACUAGACAUAGGGGUUGGAGUAGACAAGGGCUUAUUGAACACGAUUGUAGCGGGUGGGACUGAGGUAGAUGGAACUGUUGUAGGUAGAUCAAGAGACCUGAAUAUCUAACAUUGGAGGUGAAAUCUCCCUGUGAAGAUAAGAUUGACUGAAGUAUGGUUUUUUUUUAGCAAAAAUUACAUAUACAGCUAUGUAGAAUAUUCUUAAAGGAGGAUGGUAACAUUUACAGCCUUUUUGUGUAGAUGAGUAACCAAGAAACGCACUUUAAUUCUUGAUCUAACUUUCCUCUGGUAUGAAUGAAUGUAGACAAAGUACUGCCAAAGACUCUUGGUAUAAGACCAUUUAAGUUUUGAAAUGUGGCCUUUAAAAUCUAGUACACAUGUGUAGCCAAUUAAUCAUGUAUGUUGCGUUAGAACAGCAGCCUCCCAAUAAGAUUCAGGAACAUUCCCUUCAAAUAACAAUACCUGAAUGGUGCUAAGUAAAUGAUCAUUUUUUCUAUGCAUACCCAUUUUGUAGUGUAUUUACAAAAUAAGAUUCAUGAAUUAUGCCUUCUUUUGGGAAAUAGUCUGACAGAGUUUGGUUGAAGUAAUCCCAUGUAUUCUCUGAUGUAAGGUUUUAAAUUUUUAUUCGGACUAGAUUUGGAACCAUAGGGUGAAAACUAGCCACAAUGCUACUCGCAUCAGAUUUUUACUUGAUCAAGAAUAUCAAUGUAACCAUAGUGUAGCCAUCAAGUAGGGAAACAAACUGUCAAUAUCCCGAAACUAUGCUUAAUAGUGGACAGUCCCCAAAUGUCACUGUAAAUCAAAUAAGAAGGAUGAGAACUUUUAUUACGUGUGGCAAAGAAUAGUGGGCUUUCGAAGCUCACAAAUGUUAUGCUGAAAUUUUUUGAUAUCGAAUUCCUUAAAAAAAUAGAGAAACAUAAUAUUUAAAACCAUAUGAGCUUGACGACCAAGAAAAAGAUUGUGGAACCAAAUGUCAUCUUUGUUGGAAGAACCGAGAAGCUACAAAGAUAAAUUCUUCACGAUUUCUUUGAGUUUCUUGGUGUUUCAAGGUAGUCCAUUCCUUCAUUAAAAGUCCAAUGUUCCUCAAACUAUAUUCCAGAAAACACAAUAAGUGAUGAAAAAUUACCUGACAUUUAUGUCAUUUAUAAGCUUUUGAAUGCAAAAGGUUUGAAGGACACUUUUAAGGAUGAUGAAAGGAGUCCCAUGAAUAUCUCCUAAUCUGGCAACUAUAGUAACAGAGCCAUUUGCAACGAUAAUCUUCCUUCACUUGGAUAUGGAGUAUAAAUAGUGAAAUAUUGUGAGGUGUAAGUCAUGUGAUUAGUGGUCCUUGAGUCAAAUAACUCAGAGUUGGCAAAACACUUUUCUGAGACGUGUAAUAUAAAAGAAAAUAAAGACUUACCUGAGACAGCCAGUGAACAUGCACCAGAAGCUUCCCAAGAGAUCCUAUCAGGCCCUGAAGCUCCUUAUUCUCUUCAUUAUUUCAUCCUCCGAUCUCUUAUCCUUCAGUUAGAUCAAUUUUAUUCUGUCAGAUGAGCUUGAGGCCGCUAUCAUCCUCAGUUUAUCCGUUUUCUAGAGGUUUUCUAUCCUUUUUCUGGUGACAUUCCGUAGAAUGUCUCAGUUUUUUUCAAUGGGUGCACUACCAAUUGUCCUGAUUGUCUCUCCAUAGGUUGUCUUUGUUCUCUCUUCUGAGACCCCUGAUAUGUCUACUUUCCCCCUUUCUAAGGGUGAUCCUUCUGAGGGUUGAGGCUCGAGCAUCACAUCCCUGCAGCUUUCUGUCUGAAGUAGAGAAAUCCUUUCCUCCAAAUAGGGUGUCUUCUUCUUACCGCGUGUCUGAAUUCUAACCUAAGUAAAUUUAGGAAUGAGUCCAGCCAACUAAUAUAAACCCUACCUUUUUCAAUGAAAUUCUUAUAUGAUGUGACGUCAUCUAAGCAUUUCAUCCUAAAUACCUGACUGUGAUCAAGUUCCUGCUGCUGAUAUUUUCAGUAAAUUGGCAUACUCGUAGUUAUUCACAAUCACAGAUUUGGCUGCAUUACCUUUCAUCUUUAUCUCUUAUACUUUGGUUGCAUCAUGAGGUUUUGAAUCGUUUGGUGAAUGCAGUCCCAAAUCUCCUUUGAAAUUGCCAAAAAUGUACAGGUGUCACUAAUUGUAGGUUCCAUUGAAUCCCACUGUCAUGACAUAAUCAUGGAAUUUGCUUCAUAUCACGCAUCUAUCUACUUUUUUGUUCCUAUUCGGAGGAGAUAGCUGUCUCCUUUUUGCCUUUCUGGUACGUUCUCACAAACUGAGACCAUUUAAGAUGGUUUUUCUCAUUAAGUCCGUAUGUUGCCCGGACUUUUGCAGGUCUCCAGUCAUUGGAUUCAUGUUGGCUUCUUCCAGUUGUACUGGAGUGCUUGCAGUCGUUGUCUCAGAUGUUGAUACGGGGAUCACAAAAUAAUCCUGAGUAGGGAAAAGAAAUAAAUCUGGAGACGGUCAAAUAGGAAUGGAAGAAACAACACAGCAAUAAAGGGUGCAAAAAACGACUAAAGACUGUAAUGGAGGCACAGGGAAACCCAGAAAAGAGGCUAGGACUCUGAUACCGUCACGAAAGGGAGAGAAUUAUAGAUGUUUUUCUCAUAUAUCAUACUAAUUGAGCCAAGUUAGUAUGUAGCUAAUUGUACGAGAAAAGGGGCUAGGAAAUAUCAAACUAAAUGAGGAAAUUGCCUGAAGCUGACUAUCUCCUGAUUUAAGGGAUUAGAAUAAAACUUUCGUAGCUAUAUAUAUGCUUAUUUUGUUCGUAAAAUGACGUCUAUGACGACUGUUCAAUUGAAUACUCCCAUGUGAAAUAGGAAUAGUGGCAGCAGGAUGCAAACAUUCGUGCUCCUGUUGUAAUUUAUACCGGCAACUCUAUCCGAACAUUGGAAAUAAUCAUUUUUUCUUUUUAUGUAGGUUGAUAUGGACACAAUUGAAGUGAGCAAUCUCAAUAGACAGUUUCUGUUCCGCCAGCAUCAUGUGGGACAAUCUAAAGCCAAAGUAUAUCCUGUCAUAUAUUAGCUUCAGGUUAUCGUUGCAUACUUUUUGUAGUGCUUCAAAUUGACUAGCUGCACCUGGAAUCAUCUUAUCCUUCCUUUUGUGCAACAGGUUGCCCGAGAUGCAGUUUUGAAGUUUAGGCCUCACAUAUCUAUUACACCUCACCAUGCUAAUGUCAAAAGUCCGGAAUUCAAUGUAGAUUUCUUUAAACAGUUCAAUGUUGUGUUGAAUGGCCUAGAUAACUUAGAUGCCAGAAGACACGUUAACCGGCUCUGCUUGGCUGCCGAAGUCCCUCUUGUAGAAAGUGGAACCACGGGCUUUCUAGGGCAGGUAAGACUUGUCUUUUUUGUCAUACCUGUUACAUAGCUUAUUGAAGGAUCCUUACCAGAAAAUGUGUUUAAUAUCUUGGUUUAUAAGACAUGAAACUUCUAUUUUAUUUGAAUACGCAUGAAAAUUUAGGGGCUAUUCUGCCAGUCUCUCUUAUGAUUAUUCAAUUUUGUUGCAAUAAAUGAGGGGUUGGUUGAACUUUAUACUUCUGGCUUAUCUUUUAAGCUGCGACUUCCAGAAGUUUGUGUUAAAAUGUGAUCCAGAUGCAAACAAUGGAAUUUCUUCUUUCUUUGAUAGUAUUACAUCCAUUUUUCGACAACAGUGACGGUCAUUUGCUUAUUCGAAAAAGUUACAGUGAUUAAAGAUGCCUUGCCUUUUUUUUUACGCAAGAUUUCUCUUUCAGAAGAUAAACUGUAUUUUGUUGACCCCUUGUUGGUAUUUUCAGCUGUUUUCUUCCCUUUUUUCUUACAUGCCCCUGAAAUGCUUUAUUUAAGCUUUUUGUUUCUUCCAUCAUGUCUUCUGAUAAAGAAUGAUCUAUAUCUGUCCAGGUAAUGCUGGCAGAUUCUGUAGAUCACCGUAAUUUUUCGUUUAUCUUUCAUGAAAUUCUUUUUCGCACCAUUGUGUUAUGUACUGUGGGUUCUCUGGUUGUGUUUGUCUUUCACUCAACUUCGAAUUCUGAACUCAAUUUGUUAGGAUGCGUUCCAAUCUUGUGUAUUGUUUAUUGGAAGGUUUUUUAAGGUGACUAUGGAUAAUAGCACAUCAUUUUAUAUACAUGACAAGGUGCUUGUAUGAAGUUUUUUUUCAAGAUUUUAAAAUUAAAUAAAAAUUAUGUGUAGAAAUAUUUUAAACGAAUAGAAUGCUUAAAUAUUACACGAUAUUGAAGUUUCAACAAGACUUCGCUUAAUUAAUCAAUACUAUAAAUAUUAAUUAAAAUUAUUACUUAUUAAUUAUUUUAGUUAAUUAUUGAAAGAAUUGGAUAUGACCAAUGACUGAAUAUUAAUUAGUACAGCUCAUCAGAGCCAGUUCAGCAUUCAGUUCGAUUUGCUACAAAUCAUGCGACCACAAAUAUUCCCUCAGACCUUUAGUAGUGCAUUCUCUGAAAACAUGCAUACAUGUUCACGCCCUCAGUUCUAUUGUACCAUUGGUAUGCCUUUGUCAAAAGCUGAGAUACUCUCCCUCUAUGUCUCUCUCUCUCUCUCUUCUCCCUUUUUUGGUGUCUAUCGUCCUCUUUCCAUGCCACUUCACCUCUCCUCUGAAAAUCUUCGUGUAAAAAAUUAAGAAUUCAUAAUCAAUAGCAUUUAAGGAUUCAAGGUAAUAAAUAAUAAUUGAAUGGGGUAUGUAUGAUGUUCCAACGCGAUGCCAGACAUUAAGAGUUCAGUAAGACACCGAGGUUGUAUUUUGGUUAUCUUGAAAAAAAUGUAAUUCAGUGGACAGGUAGUUAUGAGUUAUUUCAUCUAUCUUGCCCCUUUUUCGACAGUUGUUUGGAACCAUUGAAUAACAUUAUUGACUAGUUUCAAGGGACCUGAGGGCUUACAAAAAUGCACAAGAGCUUAUGUUUUUCAUAUAUCUCAUCAUUGCUGCAUGUAUUUUUAUUCUGCUACCAUUUCUUGUCUGAUUUCCUAUUCAUGCUUUGUGAUUUAGUGGUUUGAUGAAAGUUUUUUAUCCUUGGGGCAGGUAACUGUUCAUGUCAAAGGAAAAACAGAGUGCUAUGAAUGCCAACCAAAGCCAGCACCCAAAACAUACCCUGUCUGCACCAUCACUAGUACUCCUUCAAAGGUACCGCAGAUUCGAUUUUGAUUCGGCGAAUAUGUCCAUAUCUUUGUUUAUUUUGCAAAAUUGAAUGAUUUUGUUUAUUUAAGCAUAGAUGUCUUGAGUUUGGACGAAUAGAGGUGGAUAAUUACACUACUCUCCAUCUGGAAUCUGCAUUGUGCUAAAAUUUCCCAACUUGUGCCAUGUACUGAGAAAUGAAAUUAAACUGGUAUUUCUGCAAUCAUUGAUUGAUAAAUGCAUUCAUUAAAGUACACUUCUCUUCCGGUGAUUGCUGGAUUCGUCACAAUAACUGACUUAUUUUCGGCAAAAUAAGUCUCUGAUCAUCAGAGUAUAUUUGUUGUUCCACUCGUAAGUGUGAUGUCCAACUAAUCUGUAUGUGUACGUAUUAUUUCAGUAUCACUUGUGUUGUGACAUCGCAAUUAAUGAUGAAAAAUGCCCUGCUACUAUGUGCCAGCAUUUAAUGGAUGACAGUCAUCUGACUGUAAGCCAUUAUAUGCGAUCACAUGGCAUCAUUAUUCUGUUUUAUGGAUAGUCCAAUUUUACAUGAUUUCUUUCACGCAAGGGAACAUGUACGAACAAUUUUUAUGACCAUGUUGCCAUCCAUUUCAUGUGAUGGAAAUACUAUGUGGGGCUUGGAACUCCAAUAGAAACAGGGGAAUGCAUCGCAAACGGUCUGUUUACAUCUUGAUUUUAAGCAGACCUUUUGCCAUUCCUUCAAAUAUUGCAUACUAGACAUUCUGAUAGAAAGAGAAAUUUAUGAACCAGUUGGAAAGAGAAAGUGCACGAAUUUUCGAUAUAUUAUUCUCAUGUUUCAACGAACGUAACAGAAUUUAAAAGAAUCAAGGACCAAUGUAAGUACAUUGCUUUAUCAAAGUAUAUUAUUCUUUUUAGUUAUUUUUCCUGAAGCUAAUGUUUUUUCUAAGAUAAAUUCAGCAAUUACGAUGGACUUAUAUACUAUCAUAACUAAGAGUAAAAAUAAGUAGAUAGCUGACAUUGAAGAAGAAGAAGAACGAUUGGUCUAUGUUUAUUAUUAACGUCAAGUUUAUUAUGUACGUUCAAAGGUCAGAGAAAGUUACAGAAAUGAGGUUCAACUACAUUAGGAGCAAGUCAAGAGGAAGGAAUUUAAAUGAAAGAAAAGGAAAGACUGGUUGAACAUUUUGAAACUUCAUUCAAAAUGAAGAAAAGGAGAGUGGAAGGAUGUAUAGAGUCAUUAUCUAUUAAUAAUUUCUAUAUCUUUUACAUUUUUCUUUCUUCAACUGAGUUGUGGCAAAUUUAUUGUGCUGAGACUCGUCAAGAUGAUGUUGCUCAUGAUGCUAGGUACUUGAGAAGGAUUGAUUUUGAUGUCACAUAAAGUGCAUCUUCAUUAGGUGAGGAACGGUAAUCACUUUGAAAGGAUCAGAAUCAUCAAAGUGUAUAAAAUGGUGCUCUCUCAAAAUUCUCUUUAAGCGUUCUGUUUUCAAGGUAUAGUGAAGAGCGAGAAUUGUGGACACUGGCUACAAGGAUGACGAUGAGAUGCAACACGAGGAUUACAAUGAUGCUUUUAUGCAACAUUUCAUUUACACUAUUAACUUUAGAUGGGAAAAAUUUAAGAUAUUUCCAUAUUUUAUCACAUAUUUCAUGGUUAUCCUGUAUCUUUCAUUAUCAGUUUUACACUGGAACCUCCUGGACAUGGCUCUGAGCUGAUGAAAGAAAAAAAAUAUAAUUGGUGAAUUCUGUUGAAUUGGCCUUGACCCAAUAAAUAUCAGAAGAUCCAUCAAUUAUAGAUUCAUGAUAAGGCUUUUAGAGAAGGUUGUAUCACUUAAAAUUUUAGCGAGAGAUUGCGUCUCACUGUUAUAUUAUUCUUGGCAAAUUUGGGAGUAGACUUUCUGUCUCCAACGUCUGUAUCGAUUAUUGCCUUUACCCUGGCUCUUUCAGUAGAUGGUACCAUUUCGGUUUGCAUUUUACCUAAGACAAGUCGUGUAUCUUCAUGAUGUAACAUUGUCAAUGUUUAAUUUACUACGUUUUACAGUUUGUGCACUGUAUUGUGUGGGCAAAGGAGCUGCUUUUUGCAAAGUUAUUUGGAGACAAGAAUCAGGACAACGAUCUAAACGCCCGCUCUAGUCACAGUGAUAGUUCAACAGAUCCCAUUGAAGACAUAUUUGAGCGAAGAUUAGAUGAGGACCCUGAGCAGUAUGGCAGGAAAAUCUAUGAUCAUGUUUUUGGGUAUAACAUUGAGUCUGCCUUGGCUAAUAAAGAGACAUGGAAAAACCGAAAUAUGCCAAAACCGAUCUACAGUAGAGAUGUCUUGUUAAACAGUUCUAGCCAGCAAAAUGGAGUCUUCAAUGACUUCAGGACGGAUAGCUCAGUGGUAUCUGCCAUGACUUCUCUCGGACUGAAGAACUCUCAGGAAAUUUGGAGCCUAGUUGACAACACGAGAGUCUUCCUGGAGUCCUUAAAACUAUUUAUGGAGAAAAGGGAAAAGGUACAUCCACGUUUCAUCCGUUUUCUUUCUAUAUGUAGAGCUGCUAUUGUUGGAUGUGCAUUAGAACUAAACCUCUGUAUUUCAGGAUAUUGGGAACUUGGUUUUUGACAAGGAUGACCAGUUGGCUGUUGAAUUUGUUACUGCUGCUGCAAAUAUCAGAGCUUCAUCAUUUGGCAUUCCUCCUCACAGUCUAUUUGAAGCUAAGGGAAUAGCUGGAAACAUUGUUCACGCUGUUGCAACAACUAAUGCAAUUAUUGCUGGCUUAAUUGUGAUUGAAGCAAUUAAAGUGCUUCAGAAUGAUGCACGCAACUACAGGUUACUAGUAACUCCCAUAUGAAUGAUGUAGUGCUUUUUUAUGUCCAAUAUGCUGUUCUAAUUUUAUUUGAAACUUUCUUUGAUUCAUGUGCAAUAAAAUAUUCUAGGCGUUCUAAGCAGCCCUUCAUUUUAUGUGGAACAACUACGUAGCUUGAGAUUCUUUUUACAUUGUCCUUGCAUGCUGCUUUUCGAUUCCUUACUUUUGGAUGCCACGGCACUGAAAUCUGCUAUCUUAACAUUUCGUUUUUGUCAAAUUCUUUUUAUUUGUUACGUUUCUUGGAAAAAAACAUUUCACUAAAACUUGACUGAAAGUUAUGGGGAAUCUGACUUUAUUUGACUCUGUGAUUCAUUGGAUGGAUUUGGGUUUAAAGGAAAAAUCACGGAGUUACAUCAAGUUUGACUCCAUAAUAUUCAUUCGAAUGUAAGCGAAAUGUAGUUUUCUGAUAAACAUAAUGUAAAGAAUUAUAUAAUGUGGGUUUAAUUGGAUGAUGGAGCUUUCAUAUGCACGUUAUCCUGUGUGCACACUUUGUUUCUCGACAUUUUUUGUAAGACUAGUCAAAUCCUUACAUAAUUAAUGGGUUUAGCCAAGUCACCCUCUAUUAUAUCUUUAUUUCAUUCAAAAUCCCAAGGAUUCAUAAAAUGUUAUUUUAUUACAUUAAAUUGCCGCAUCCUUGCUUAAAAACAAGGACUCCUUUUUAACCAUAGCUUGACAAUCCGGAUCUAGCUUGACUUUUUUAAACGCUUCAAAACUUGAUUUAUCUUUGCUUAGCUAUAUUGUUCAUAUGAUAAAUGCAGAUGAGAAAAGGAGAACAGUAUUUUAACGCACAGGCCAAUUUUAUCUCAGAAACUGCCAACAGAAUAUUAGGGACGAAUUUGACAUAUUGCACCUGACUUUGGAGUAUCAGUUUUCAGAGCGUCAUUUUUCAGUUACUACAGUGGGGAUGCAUCUGCAUGUUUAUAUGACGGCUAGUUGGGUCUUUUAAUUAAUCUUUACCCUUUCUAAAACUCAAGCUCCUUUUCCUUUUAAAAUCACAGAAUAUUAGGGACGAAUUUGAUACAUUACACCUGACUGUGGAGUAUCAGUAGUUGGAGCAUAACUUGUCAGUACUGCAAUGACGAUGCAUAUGCAUGUUAUAUGACGGCUAGUUGGGUGUUUUAAUGAAUCUUUAUCUUUUCUAAAACUUAAGCUCCUUUUUCUUUUAAACUCACAUUAAAUGACAUCGUAUUUUGCAGAAAAUAUACUAAAACCAAAGUUUCCCUUGAUUCUUCAGGAUGACAUAUUGCGUUGAACAUCCAUUAAGAAAGAUGCUUUUGAUGCCUGUGGAACCAUUUGAACGAAGUAAAUCUUGCUAUGUUUGUUCUGAGGUAUGGUCAUCUUUGGAAUUUAGUUGGCUUGAAUGUUGAACUAAGCACCAUAUGCCAUUUUCUCAUUUGAUUUGACUUGAUAUAAUAGACAGCACUGUUACUGGAAGUUAAUAUUCACAAGACAAAGUUGAAGGACUUCAUUGAGAAAAUUGUUAAAAGGAAACUCGGUAUGAACUGCCCAAUGGUAAUGCAAGGUUCAACACUUAUCUAUGAGGAAGGUGAUGAUCUUGAAGAUGAUGUUGCGGGGAGCUAUGCUCUGAAUGUUGAGAAGGUUCCUGAGCUCUCUUUUUUUCUGUAAGCAGCUCUUAUUCUUCUUACAAUUAUCAUCUGUCUAAUGACUUGUGUUGUUUUCUUAUCUCUUCAGGUUUUUGCUCAACUUCCAGCUCCAAUUACUAGUGGAACAAUUCUCAUGGUUGAGGAUCUACAGCAGGAAUUAUCAUGCAACAUCAAUGUCAAACAUAGGUUUGUUCCAUCUGUCUAUUACCCUGUUUAUUCCGUUAAAAAAGGAUAAUAUGCUACAUGAUGACAGUUUGCUAAUAUGAGGAAUUGCUAUAACUGAUGUACAUUGAGCUGAUACUUGCAUAUUCAGAAAUCGAUCUUUUAGCACAGUACCCCAAAAUAAUUAUUCCUAUCUGAGGAAGGUCGUUUGGUUUGAUGUGGGAUUAAUCCGAUUUCAAAGUGGAAACCUGGCUGUUCUUUUUGAAGAUAGACACGAAUUGUUCAAAGAGUAAGUAUUUUCUGGAUCAGUUGAUUCUAGGCUAGACUUGAUCUUUUAUUGUCUUUAUCCUCAACCAUAGGGAGUACCAAACAUGAAAGAAAAUAAGGAAAAGAAGGUGGCAGUCUCCGACCGAUGGAAGGAGAAUAGGGAACAUGAGUGCAUCAGCAAUAAACACCACAACAAAAGUGAUGUAAUAUCUGGAAGAAAACUUAUUGUGAUCCAAUAUCUUACAAUUAGUAUGAUAUAAAAGCAGUUUCAUAUUUUACAUGCUAGACAUUGUCAGAAAACAUUUGUUUAUAAUUUAGAACCAAGAUCAAACUUUGAUCUCGGAUUGACAUAUCUGACCAGAUCUGGAUUCCCAUUGGCAGGACUUUCUCCCCUUGAAUCUUUCCUAGAUCAUUUUGUUUGGUCUCUAUACUGUUCUCUGAGUGAUGUAGACAUAAUCGUAUCAUGAAUGUUUUGAUUUGUCUGGGAUUGAAGGACACGAACAUGAAUAAUGUUGGGGAUUGAGGCUUCCUGGAAAUUAGAAAUUUGACUUGAACAUUAAAUAUAUUAUUUCUAGCUUUCUACCCUACCAUGCAUUUUUUGGAACAUUUCAAGUUUGUUUUACAUUAAUAAUUUUCUUCGUUUUUUCCUGUAUCGUUUGAGUUAUAAUGAAUAUUUCAUUAAAGUCGCUCUCUGGCCGACCUCAAUCAAUUAUGAGUGCACUAUAACCUGUUUGGUAGUUAGUGGACAUUAAUUUCGGGUAAAUUCUAGGAUGAAAUUGGGGACUCGCUAUGUUCUUUGGCCUCAUCUAAGUGAACAUAAUGUGUGCGGUAUUAUCAUAUAGCAAUAGUAUUUCUGUCUGCCUUCUCCGUGUGUUUUUCUUUUCAUCAUUCUUUUAUUAAUAGAACUGCUUUUCUAAUGUAAAUAUGGACCAUGGUCAAUAUUUUGAAAAAUCCUCACACACUUGAUUUUUUAAAUGGCACAGUGUGGAGAUUUCGAAGAAAUCAAAUUAGUUGUUCAAGAAGGAUUAAAUUCGCAUUCCCUUAUUUGUCAAGUUACCUGUUGAUGAUGGACGCAGAAUGGAUGUGACUGUUUUUAAGAGAAAUCAUCAAAUGCCAAUUUAAAUGAAUGUUGACUAACGAAAUGAAUAUCCUCUUCGAGUAGUCAGUGUUGGGUUAUCUCCAUAGUCGGGGUACUAGCAAGGUGCCUUGUUUUCAAAGAUCAUAGGAAGUAUGGAAAUUUCCCCUGACUAGGAUGGUAGUUUAUCAUGUGUUAAUGGUGGACUGAUAGGGACAGGCAAAUUCGACCACCAAUCAAAGAUGCUUGAGAGAAAAUUAGCUGAGAUGUCCAGAAUAAGAUUGCAAGGAUUUUGUGGACCGAGACACUCGUAGCUGACGAUCUUGGAGCUAAUAUAGCCUACGAAUUAUUCUCCUCCUAGAAGAUGUGGAGAACCCACAGCCUCAGCUUGACGUUUUGGUCCUGAAUUUCACACGAGAACCUUCGUGAACCUCUUGGAAGAAGAGCUAGGAGCGAAUUUUUAUUCAGCCUGCUAUUUAUGGGAGCAAUAUGAUAGCUUUGAAGCGGCGCUCCUAGAUCUGAACUAGAAAUCUUGACACGAUUAAAGAUAGUCCGGUACCUUGAAGUCUUAAUGACCUUAAGUACUUCUAGAAACAGCCAAAAUAGUCAAAGAUAAACUUGGACUGCAUGACCUACAAAAAUGGGCAAAUGAUAUUCUAAUUACAUUAUUCACCCAGUCCAGUCAUGUGCAUCCUUUGAGUGUUGACCUUGACCAGUUCUUAGUUGGGUUCAAUGUCCUUAUUGCUUGUUCAAUCUGUUCUAACUUUCCUUAUCCAAAGUUUAAGGUUCAGAUAAACUUAUCUACUCUUUAAAAUUAUCUACAUCGCUAAACAUGUCAUACAAUCAGCUGUCACCGAUUUAUCGCCGUGCAAUAAUCACAGAAUGCUAUUGUAGUCUGAGCAACACUUUCAUUACAUAUUCUCAUCUUCCUUUAUAGUAUAUUGAAGCAAAGAUCUUUUGAACAUUUAUCAUGAAUUAAGUCACUUUUCUGCUCAUAUUAAGUGGGAAAAAGUUAUCCAUAGACAGUCAAGGAUAUUGAAGACUGAUGGAGAGUGAAACCCAUUAAUAGGAGUCAGGUUGGAAGGCUCUUCUUGGAACUACUGUGCUAUCGGCACAUUACAGAGACAGAUUUCUUGAAUGGUCAUACUUCUAUUCCCACUUUAGCUGAUUCACUUAGGGUUCAUGAAUCAUGGCAUGUCCGUGGUUAUUGAUGGCGUCGGGCUUUUCUUUUCUCUUUUUAUUGGAGGUUCUUGUUCUGAGGUUUAAAAUUUUACAUACCAGCUUUCUUUUCAAUGCCAUGCCCUGUAGCAUCAUCUGGGGCUUAUUGGAACUUGGUUUCAGUUUCUGAAUAAAGAGACAAUGAGUACCUCCUCCCUGGGAGAGUUCUGAGGACAGUAAAUUAUUGGAAUGAACUCUUGUAAGACUAUUAUUGACAUGGGAUCCAUAUUGUUUGAAGUGUUAAUAUUUUCCUUAUUAUAUUGGUCUUCGAGUAUGACAAGUCAAAGACUAAUAAAUAACCAUCAUGAAUUGGGCACCCAUUAUGAUGUGCCACAUAUGACCAAUGUUUGGUGGCUUUGGGACGCGGAGUUGGUUCGUGUUCAUUGUGGAUAAAGUAACAAAUUUUGCAAGCCAGAACUUCUGCUCCAAAAAGACGAAUUGUUAAUUUUUGUGGGGUAUAACAUUGUAGGAAUGAUGGAAACAAUGUCUUUUGACAUUUAAUGAUUACUCAGUAAAUGUGCUAUUAUUUAUAGUAACAAUGUGGUCAUUGUCGACCAGCGUAAAAUGGGUUGAUGGAAGAUAUAUUGCUUUCAUUUGACGAAAAGCUGGUACUACGGCAAUAUGCCAGUGUUUUUUCUGUUUCUUUUUGGCUUUUGAAUUCCAUAGGUUUUGAAAUGAAUUGGAUUAGUUUCAAACGUAACACUCUUGCCUACAAAUGGGAGAACUGCAAGCAUGCUGUUAUAACGUGGCUGACAUUUGUAAUGAGAGAAGAAUGAUUGGGCUUGCGGGUUUACACUACCUUAGAAUUGCCCUUGCUCAAAUUGACCCAGAAGAAGUCACGCAAGGUUCGUGUUGACUGUUGGUCAUGUAUGACUACGAUGUAGAAGUUGUUUGGAAUUAUAAAUUGUGUUGUAAUCUUUUAUAUAGAUGGUUUUCCUUAAUUCGUGUUAUCAUAUAAAACUCAUUUACAUCGUCUUUUGAAAGGUAAGCAAUUCAGAUAAAUAUAAGUGCCAGGAUCGUUGUCUUGAAUCUGGGUUUUUGACGAAAGUACAAUAGAAUAGUGCUUCAAAGCCCGGGUGCAUUGGUGUGUAACCCAAUUGACCUAAUAUUGUUGACCAUUUUAUCCCCAGAUAGUGGCUUCUGCUUACCAUCACGUCCCUCUUCCUUACUUCUAUCUAUUUUUAAAAUGUUUGAAUUAGGAUAUAUCUGUGUGGAUGGAUCCAUUUGUCUUUAGAUGGAAACAUGACUAUGCAGAUCUGAAAGUUAAUUGGUUCAGUGUCUAGGUUUUUUUGACUGAUUAACUGCCAAUCCUGUGUGAAUGAUAGUCAUAGUCGUACUUAAAAUCUUUCUUACCUUGAUGCGACAUAUUUCUCUAGUCUAACACCAUUUAACCUCACUAAUAUCUGAUCUGAACCCUUUAGAUCUUAUUGCAGAUGCAAUUCUGUAUUAUGCUUUGGAUGACAAAUAAUCUUGUGGAGCAUACUCGUUUCCAAUAAAUUUGCACCCCGAAAGGCCCAAAAUUGUUGAACUGUAGACCGACAAAAUGUUUCAGCAUCUUAUCUUCGCAUAAUCUUUUAUUUGAGGGAAUUUCGUUUGUUUUUUCCGUGAAAGCUCUGAGGGAUUAAAAAAUUAAUUAUAGCUCAUAAAGUACUAAAUGUAUAGGAAGAUGGUUUUUUCAUUCUAGUCAAUAUUUUUGUCAUUUUUUCACAUUUUUAUUAGGAAGCCCCUUGUAGAUUCAUGGAUCACCCUUCUUGUUCCUUGUAUAUUCAGGGGUUUAAAUUGUCAUUCCUUAUGGAUUCAAGGUUCCAUUUUCUUCACCUUGCAAUAUGUCAAGUGAUAUUUGAGCAAGGUUCCAAAUCCAAAACUCCCUAUUUUCUACUACAUCAAGUAGACCAGUGUGAGGUUUGGAAUGUAAGACUCACCCAUGUGAAGAUGUGUUCAUUGGUGAUGGGGACAAUACUUUUGAUAAAAGCAUUCUUAUUGAGAACCAACUGUCUUUUUAUUCAGUACAGUGCUAAUUAAAGUUUUUCAGAUAUCUAUUAUUUUUUGCAACAGUUACUGGCAGUGAUGAGUAUGUUGGAACUCAAGUGCAAUUUUUUCAUGUUGGCCAUCAAUGGUGAUCGUAAACUAUGUGCACAAGAAGAGAUACUAAUUAUUAAUUCUUUAAUUAUCAUCUCUUUAAUGCAUUACUAAGAAAGUAUUUGAGGACGAGUUUUUGAAAGUAUAGGGACUGAUGCUGAAUUUAAUCACUGGAAUUGAGGAAAGCUCAAACAUGUGCAAUGUGGAGAACGCAAACGUCUUGUCUCUGCUAGGCUCUUUAAUUUAAACGAUUUUCAUCUGUCUCUUCCUUUUUCCUGGGUGAUAAUUUCUUUUAACUUGUUGGUUAAAAGAUUUUAAUUCUGAAGGGAUCCAGAAAUGUUUUGUUUUUUAAAAAAAGGAAUCUGUGGCUGGCUUUUUUACCGUCCAGAUAUACUUAUCUUGAUGUUUUUAUCAUAAACUCAGAACUCACAUAGAGUCUGCGGAUGAUAUGUAGAUUCUUGACUUAGUAAGCCUGUCAAUCCUCAAGCAUACGAAUAUCCUUCCCUUUCGGCAUAUGCAAGGCCUUAUUUAUAAAGGUGUUUUGCCGCAGAAAUCAAUCAAUAAUCCUUCUUAGUGCAUUGGGAGGAAAAGACAAAUCUAAUAGCGGAUUCUAACUUAGAUAUUUUCCCUUUUAUGGUGAAUGAGAGUGAAGAAGAGUAUGCCUUGAGUAAAUCUGCUUCUUAGUUACUUUCCUCAUAGAAUCGUCCUUCUCACUCUUUGUUACCUGAUGGAGUUCCUUGAAAGGGUUGCCCUCAGCUCAAUCUAACCUCUUCUCUUUUUUUUUCAUUUGGGAAUGUUGACAUGCAUCAUCUUAAAGAUGUUGGCCAACGAUUUUCCUUUAUUUUACUGUGCUAUGAGUUUGGCUUGUUGAUUUCAAUUUAUCUGUUGAUAGAUGAAGUUGGGGGUAAUUGUUUGAAUCAAAGAUCUUUCUAAAUUAGAUAAGGGGCCUUCUACGCUCUAAAGAUUCUAUUGCUGUUCAUUUGAAUACGUUAGUGAAGCUAGGACGAAAUCGACCUCCUCACCAUUACUUCAGAUGGUCGUAAGGAUGGUGAACUUAGAAGGGGUCACUCGCUACUUUUUUUUAACCAUUCAGUUUUAUAAUCUUAGCCCACUGACUUCCCACUUGGAAGGCACCUCCCGUCCUUUUUAGAAAGAGUGCUUCUAAUGGUUUCUGGCAUCUCAAAGCCUGAUACAAUGAUGAGCUGAACCAGAAAAGGCAUGCUUUACUGCUUUAUUCUGCGAUUCUGCUAUCAAAUUAAUUAUUUGUGUUGUUCCAAGCUACGAUGACGCACCUGAAAGGGAUCGCCCAGAUACUUGAUAGGGAAAUGACCAUAUUUUCGCUUCAUUAUUCUUCCAUUCGUCCAAGUACUUGGAAAGGGUAGAAUCUGAUCUUAGCCUCUUGAAUAAUUGAAUGAACAACACAUUGUGGACUGUUGACAUUCGAAAUAUCUGAAGAAAUUAUGAAGAUGGUUGUGAUGCUUCAUCAUCACUGACAAUGAUGGCGGCAGAUGGAAUGUGUGAAUCCUAAGUAGUUUUCUUCCUUUCCAAUCCCGUUUCCCUCAAUAGCAUCUCUAGAUGUACUCCAUGGUUUCAGACCAAUCUUUUUGACGAUCUUGGCUGUACUGUUUUGAAAGCAAAUCACUGAUAGAGUCAUGUGUACACAACCAAUUAUAUCUUUAGCCCUUUAGUCCAGUGUUGCAUAACGUAAAUUUAGCAUUGUGACGUGGCUUCAUAUGCUAUCCUAUGUAGGACAACCGCCUUUGGCUGUGUUUUUAACUAUGUUCACCAGCACAGUAACCUUGAGAUUCUCAUAUAAUUUCUGUUCAUGAAGAAGCCAAUUCAGCAAGUUGUGAAAAUUAGGGUGAUUGUAAUUUUUUCUGUAGACUAUCAUGGAGACCUCCUUUUUCUCUUGGGGAUUAGGGAGACUGCCGACAAUUUUUUGACUUACUACAUUGUGAAAAUCUUCUUGCUUUUCAAGAUAUUAGCUCAACAUAUGAACCAGGUGAUAUUUCUUCAUGUUUUCUGGUGCAUUCGUCGUCGUCUUGCCUAGUUUAUCUGAGGUUUCGUCCUUAUAAUGGUUAGAAGCUUCAUUCAUUAUCUACUGCAACGACACCAAGUGUUUCAUUCUUUUCCAUCCUUCCUCGGUAUCAUGGUCUCUUUCAACUCUUUUUCUCGUUCUCCGAGACCAUUAUGGUUUGUUCUGAAUUAGACUGUAUUUGUUAUUGGCAGUGGUGCUCUUAUUAUUAUUAUUCUUACUCUUCUUAUUCGUUAUUUCAGUUUGAUUAUAACUCAAAACAUUUCUUUUAUUUUAUAUCAGCAUUAAAGCAGUAAGCAUAAUGGGCCUUCUCUCUUUUGCCCCUCCUAUACUUGUGGGUUUGAUAUAUAUCAAUAAAUAGAUAGAUAGAUAGAGAGGGAGAGAGAUUGAGAGAGAAACUGUACUCUAGAGGGGCUAAAAAGAAUGAAAGAAUGCUUCAUUCACAUUUUUUUUUAUCAUGUCACAUGGUCUAUGUUCCUUGUUCCUCAGCCCACGGUCUGCCUCUGUCUACUUAUCAAUUUCGUGCUGAGGAUGACCUGCUUCUGUCUCGUGUAAUUUUGUAAAAGCAGGGAUGUGUUUGACGAGGAGAAGGAGCACGACCAGAUGGUUCUCACUGGAUGGACGCCGGCGCCGCCCGCGGAGGACGGCGUGGGCGCUACCAAUGGAGGAGAAGCUGCUGCUGAUGUUCGGGAACCGGACGAAGUCGCGACGGCCCCAGAGAGAUCUGCCGUCGUCGUUGGGAACAAGAGAAAAUUAUCCGAAAUAUCAGCCGACUCGUCAGUCCAACGAGAAAACGAAAACGACGGGGUUAGCUGCAAGGAAAUGCCUGCUGAGGUUGUGGACGACGGCGAGGAUGACCUGGUGAUGCUUGACGAUGGAGCCUGGGAAGUGGGCAAGAAACCAAGAUCGUCGCUCCAAUGA